AUGGAGAACACGUUGCCACCUCGAGAGCAAUGGUCUUCGUGGGUUGACUUUAUUAUGUCAUGUGUUGGUUAUGCGAUUGGAUUGGGAAACGUCUGGAGAUUUCCGUAUUUGUGCUAUCAAAACGGUGGAGGAGCGUUCCUGAUACCAUAUUUCAUUUCGUUGGUUUUCUGCGGUGCUCCUCUGUUCAUUCUAGAAACUUCUUGGGGACAGCUCCUGAGUGUCGGUGGCUUAGGAAUGUUCAAAAUAUGCCCGAUUUUCAAGGGAGUGGGUAUAGCCGCAGCAGUAAUGGCCUUCUGGCUGAAUAUUUACUACAUUGUGGUGCUCAGUUGGGCAAUGUGCUAUCUGUGGAAUUCGUUUCGAUUGGAUUCCAACGUUCCGUGGCGUUCUUGUGAUAACCCAUGGAACACAAAAAGAUGCCGAAGUGAAUACGAUCCACUGGCGUGUGCAAAUAACCGAACGAUCGCUAAGUAUUUCAAUGUCAAAGUGCUGACAAAUGAUCAUUUGACUGAAUAUCGACAGCAGUUUUUCGUUGGUCCAAAAGCAAAUUGCUAUAAGGUGCUGGGAAUUAGCUCCGGUGUUGAUGUACCGGGUGCUAUGCGUUGGGAUUUGGCGCUGUACCUUUUCAUCGCAUGGGCCAUUUGUUAUUUGUGCAUUUUUAAGGGGGUCAGAUGGACCGGAAAGGUGGUAUAUCUAACCGCAUCAUUCCCUUACGUGAUGCUGGUUUGUCUCCUGAUUCGUGGUCUGACAUUACCUGGUGCUAGCCUUGGACUGGAGUAUUACUUGAAACCGAAUUUCUCAGUUUUGUUCAGAAGUAAAGUAUGGAUUGAUGCCGUCACGCAGGUCUUCUUUUCAUACGGUCUUGGACUUGGUGCACUCGUAGCGCUCGGAAGCUACAAUUCAUAUCACAAUAAUGUUUAUAAGCAAGCCUUAACGGUGUGUUUUGUCAAUAGUGGAACGAGCGUUUUUGCUGGUUUUGUCAUCUUCUCUUUCAUUGGUUUCAUGGCAGUUCAACAAGGCAAAACUGUGGCUGAGGUUGCGCAAUCAGGACCAGGUUUGCUGUUUUUGGCCUAUCCAUCUGGCAUUCUUCAGUUGCCGUACACAAAUAUAUGGUCUAUCCUCUUCUUUACCAUGGUACUGUUUCUUGGCGUGGAUUCACAGGUGAACAAACUCUUAUUCGAAAUCCUACUUUUAUUUCAGAUGAUACAGCAGCAAUCUCAAAUUGACUUAAAUAGAAUUGAAAUCUCUAUCAUUUCCUCAAAAAAAUCGCUUCGUCUACGUUUUUUCUGUGAUGUUCUUCACUCUCAACGUAACUGCUUUCCUUAA